ACCUCCUUCUGUGAAGCCAGAGGUCGCCGGCAGUACUAAAGAUGGCCGCGCCUUCAAGCGGCGUGCGAGUUCGCUGUACAUGACAAAAAAAAAUAUCUAUCACCUAGAAAUAAUUAAAAACAAACUCAAAACACAGAUAGAAACGGCAGCUGGUUUUAAUUAGACUGUAGAUACUGGUGAAAUGUCUCUUUUGAAAGGAAUUCGUGGGAAGUGGAGAGUUUUCGGCGGUUUGUUUUCGAUGCGGGCGGCUGGCGUGGAUUUCAAGGACGUCUUUAAAGAAACGGCUGUGCGCUUCUCCUCCUGUUUGGUGUCUCCGCGGCCUCGUGACGGGGAGGAGGAGAGCAGUGAGCGGGGGCAGCGGGUUCCGAGGGGCAGUGCGGAGCUGGUGAACCCCCAAUUCGUGAACCGCAACCCCAGAAACCUGGAGCGCAUGUCGCUGGCAAUGAAGGACCGCGGCUGGGAGACAGUGUGGCCGAGGAGAGCGUGCUGGCACAGGCUGUGUAUUGAACACUCCCAGCACCACGUCUCAGCCCAUGUGGAGCACGUCCCCUCUGGGGAGGUGGUGGUCUCUGCCUCCACACAGGAGUGGGCUGUGAAGAGGCACCUGUACAGCACUCGGGACGUCCUGGCCAGCGAGAGCGUGGGGAGGGUGCUGGCACAGCGCUGCCUCGAAUCAGGGGUACAGCACCUCCACUUCAGAGCCGUGCCCUGGAGCUACAAAACAGAGAGGAUGCAGAAGUUUCGCGCCGCGCUGAAGGAAGGUGGAAUUAUUCUCAGCGAACCCAGAAGAAUCUACAAGUAAAAGACGAGACAGCGAGCGAAACGAACCCAAUUUUGACGCAGCUUUUUAUUCUGCAAGUCUCUGAUAAGCAAUAAAGAUAUCGCAGAGUGACAUCAAACCUGGAGCCCAAACUAGAGCUGGUCUGCUGGACUCAGUUUAGUUUCAAUCACGCUGAUGAAGGCACUAGAGCCCCAAACUAGAGCUGGUCUGCUGGACUCAGUUUAGUUUCAAUCACACUGAUGAAGGCACUAGAGCCCCAAACUAGAGCUGGUCUGCUGGACUCAGUUUAGUUUCAAUCACGCUGAUGAAGGCACUAGAGCCCCAAACUAGAGCUGGUCUGCUUGACUCAGUUUAGUUUCAAUCACGCUGAUGAAGGCACUAGAGUCCCAAACUAGAGCUGGUCUGCUGGACUCAGUUUAGUUUCAAUCACGCUGAUGAAGGCACUAGAGCCCCAAACUAGAGGUGGUCUGCUUGACUCAGUUUAGUUUCAAUCACGCUGAUGAAGGCACUAGAGCCCAAACGCUGGUCUGCUGGACUCAGUUUAGUUUCAGUCACGAUGAUGGAGGCACUAGAGCCCCAAACUAGAGCUGGUCUGCUGGACUCAGUUUAGUUUCAGUCACACUGAUGAAGGCACUAGAGCCCCAAACUAGAGCUGGUCUGCUUGACUCAGUUUAGUUUCAAUCACGCUGAUGAAGGCACUAGAGCCCCAAACUAGAGCUGGUCUGCUGGACUCAGUUUAGUUUCAAUAACGCUGAUGAAGGCACUAGAGCCCAAACGCUGGUCUGCUGGACUCAGUUUAGUUUCAGUCACGCUGAUGAAGGCACUAGAGCCCCAAACUAGAGGUGGUCUGCUUGACUCAGUUUAGUUUCAAUCACGCUGAUGAAGGCACUAGAGCCCAAACGCUGGUCUGCUUGAUUCAGUUUAGUUUCAAUCACACUGAUGAAGGCACUAGAGCCCCAAACUAGAGCUGGUCUGCUGGACUCAGUUUAGUUUCAGUCACGCUGAUGAAGACACUAGAGCCCAAACGCUGGUCUGCUGGACUCAGUUUAGUUUCAAUCACGCUGAUGAAGGCACUAGAGCCCCAAACUAGAGCUGGUCUGCUUGACUCAGUUUAGUUUCAAUCACGCUGAUGAAGGCACUAGAGCCCCAAACUAGAGCUGGUCUGCUGGACUCAGUUUAGUUUCAGUCACACUGAUGAAGGCACUAGAGCCCCAAACUAGAGCUGGUCUGCUUGACUCAGUUUAGUUUCAAUAACACUGAUGAAGGCACUAGAGCCCCACACUAGAGCUGGUCUGCUGGACUCAGUUUAGUUUCAAUCACGCUGAUGAAGGCACUGGAGCCCAAACGCUGGUUUGCUUGACUCAGUUUAGUUUCAGUCACGCUGAUGAAGGCACUAGAGCCCAAACGCUGGUCUGCUUGACUCAGUUUAGUUUCAGUCACGCUGAUGAAGGCACUAGAGCUGGUCUGCUGGACUCAGUUUAGUUUCAAUCACGCUGAUGAAGGCACUAGAGCUGGUCUGCUUGACUCGAUCUCUUCUAGUUUCACCUAACAGGUUUUUAUUGAUCGUUUUGCUGAGUGUUUAAUUGAGGAUCGCAAACUAACAGGCAUGGGUAAUCAAUAAAUCGAUCAGUCUCGCCAGGGAUGUUUUUUUUUUACUUUGUACAGAUCAAUAUGUGAUCAAUUCUUCCAGAUUCUUGCGUCAAAAUGGAUCCAUAAUAAAACUCAAACUCACUUUAUAUUGAUGACAAAAA